AUGGAGGCUCUUCUACGGCAAAGCAAGGGAGUAUGUCCCUUCCUCAAGAAAACUGCACCUGGAACUUUACGCACAUUGAGCACCACUGUCCACCACAGCCCAGGAGGCGGAACAAUUUCCAAGCUUCAGCACUAUGCUCGACGAUGCCCAGUCAUGAACAAGGGGCUUGCUGUUCAGAGUGCGAAACUCAACGCACGGCACUACAGCAAGCCCGCCACCAGCUCCGGCAUCGUCAAAUCUUUGAUGGAGAAGAAGUUGCACACGACUGCUGAAAAGAAGGCUAGCAUUGACAACCAGAUGUAUCGUGCCGAGCAGCGACCUCCUCCACCGUCCGAAGCCAAGCAGUUCACAAAGUAUCCUAAAGUGCACCAGCACGCUGGUCCUAAACCUGCCGUUCCUGAAACUCCUAAGUUCGACUACGAAGAAUUCUACAAGAACGAGUUGGACAAAAAACACCAGGACAAGUCGUACCGGUACUUCAACAACAUCAACCGUCUUGCCAAAGAAUUUCCGAGAGCGCACAUGGCUGCGCAGGACGAGCGAGUGACUGUAUGGUGCUCCAACGACUACCUCGGCAUGGGCAGAAACAAGCACGUUCUCAAGACUAUGCACGAGACGCUCGAAAUGUACGGCGCCGGCGCUGGAGGAACAAGGAACAUAUCCGGUCACAAUCAGCACGCCGUAGCCCUCGAGAAGACUCUAGCAGACCUCCAUGGCAAAGAGGGUGCUCUAGUUUUCUCUUCUUGUUAUGUGGCGAACGAUGCAACUCUUGCGACCUUGGGCAGCAAGCUUCCGAACUGUGUCAUUCUAAGUGACAGCCUCAACCAUGCCUCAAUGAUUCAGGGUAUUCGCCACUCUGGUGCAAAGAAAAUAGUCUACAAGCACAACGACCUUGAAGAUCUGGAGAACAAGCUAAAAUCUCUCGAUCCAGCUCAACCGAAGAUCAUAGCCUUUGAGAGUGUGUACAGCAUGUGCGGCUCGGUCGCGCCAAUCGAAGCUGUCUGUGAUCUAGCUGAUAAAUAUGGCGCAAUUACCUUCUUGGAUGAAGUACAUGCUGUUGGUAUGUACGGUCCAAGAGGAGCUGGCGUAGCCGAACACCUUGACUACGACACCUGGGCGGAUGAGAAUCGAACGCCUGAAUCUCAGAAGGGCACAGUCAUGGACAGAAUCGAUAUCAUCACGGGAACACUCGGCAAGGCUUAUGGUUGCGUCGGUGGUUACAUUGCUGGAUCUGCGAAAUUUGUCGACGCAAUUCGAUCUCUUGCGCCGGGCUUUAUCUUCACCACAAGUUUACCACCAGCAACAAUGGCUGGCGCACGCACUGCGAUCGAGUACCAGGCUCGAUACCAGGGUGACAGGAGAAUGCAACAGGUACACACUCGCGAACUCAAAGACGACUUGAUUAGCCGAGGUAUUCCUGUCAUUCCCAACCCAUCUCACAUCGUUCCGCUACUCGUAGGCGACGCGGAAUUGGCAAAGGCAGCGUCAGAUAUGCUGCUAAACGACUACCAGAUCUACGUGCAGUCCAUCAACUACCCGACCGUGCCGCGUGGUGAGGAAAGACUACGAAUCACCCCUACCCCAGGCCACAUGGGCGAGCUCAGAGCCGACCUCGUCGAAGCGCUCGAAGGUGUCUGGAACCGCCUCAACCUCAAACGCAUCUCCGACUGGCAAGCCCAAGGUGGCUUUGUCGGCGUUGGUGUCAAGGACGCUGAACCAGUCGAGCCUCUUUGGACCGACGCUCAACUCGAGCACGCUGCUGAACUUCCGAAGAUCGCUGUCGACAACGCGAUGGAACCUCGAGUCAUGCCUGUUGCUGCUGCCGCUGCCUGA